AUGGCUCCCAUACUUCCAAACACCCAAAACACGUUCGGCGAGAAAAGAUCGAACGAAGCCUCAGUGAAUAUAGCAGACAUAAUUCCGACCACUGCUCAAGCGACAGAAUCGGAUAAAGUCGAGGAUAAUGCCAUCGAUACAGAAUUCCUUAUUGUUGGCGCAGGGCCUGCAGGUGCAGCCUUAGCUUGCUUUCUUGGCUCUCAUGGGCUCAAGGGCAUUAUGAUCAGCAGCGCGCCAGGGACAGCAAACACCCCUCGCGCACACAUUACCAAUAUGGCAGCGCUUGAAUGUCUACGAGACAUUGGUCUAUAUGAAGAGCUCCAGAAAUUGGGAUCUACGGGCGAAGACCAUAUGCAACACACCAGAUGGUGCCACAGUAUGGCGGGCGAAGAGUACGCGAGAAUUCAUUCCUGGGGUAAUGAUCCGAGACGGAAGGGUGACUACGAACUGGCGAGUCCAUGUGAACCAUUCGACCUGCCACAGACAGUCAUGGAACCGGUUCUAGUUCGCCACGCGGCUUUGAAAGGCUUCAAGUGUCGCUUCGAUACGACGCUUGUUUCUUUCAAUGAGGAGAAGACUGGGUUGAUCACAGCAACCAUCCGUGAUGAGAUCUCAAAGAACGAAUACUAUAUCCGCACCAAGUAUCUGUUAGGGGCCGAUGGUGCCCGCAGCCAAGUGGUGAAGCAACUUAAUUUGCCUCUCGCAGUCCUGCGAGGACAGGGUAUGGCAAUCAACGUGCUUGUCAGGACCGAUCUCUCCCAUCUCGUCAAGAAUCGAACGGGUAAUCUGCACUGGGUGAUGCAGCCAGAUCGCGAGCACCCUAGCUUUGGCUGGAUGGGAAUCGUUCGCAUGGUAAAGCCUUGGAAUGAAUGGAUGUUCAUCUUAUUCCCAGAUCGCAGCUAUGACCGUUCUCAAGGCCAACCGUCUAUAGAGGAGUAUCGAAAGAGGGUACAAGAGUUCAUUGGCGAUGACACACCGGCUGAAAUCCUCGAUAUCUCUACCUGGUAUAUCAAUGAGAUUGUUGCAGAGAAGUACUCGGAAGGGAAUAUCUUCUGUCUCGGCGACGCCGUGCACCGCCACCCUCCAUUAAACGGCCUGGGCUCCAACACGUGCAUCCAAGACGCCUUCAACUUGGCCUGGAAGCUUGCAUAUGUCCACAAGGGCCUCGCAUCCCCAUCACUUCUAUCCACCUAUUCCAGCGAGAGACAGCCUGUUGGUCAUUCGAUCAUCACCCGAGCAAACCAGGCAUACCGCGACCACUUCCAUGUGUGGGAAGCGCUUGGCAUGCUGCCGACUGAUCUGUCCGAACGGAAGCAGAUAUUGGAGGAGUUGAGAAGUGCAACUCCACAAGGAUCAAAUCGCCGCCGUGCCUUACGCGCCGCAAUCAAACAUACCUCUCAUGAGUUCCACGGGCUGGGAAUCGAAAUGAACCAGCACUACGAGGGCCAAGGAGUCUAUACAGCUGACGAACCGCAUCCAUCUGGUCAAUCCGGGCGGGCAAGUGAGGAUAAAGUACUGCAUCAUGAACCGAGUACAUAUCCGGGCUCACGUUUGCCGCAUGUUUGGCUCAACAAGGCGACUCCGGAGGAGGCUAUCUCAACAAUCGAUAUUACUGGCCAUGGCGUAUUUACGCUUUUCACUGGAAUUGGGGGUGGAGGUUGGAAGGAAGCGGCGGGGGCUGUUGCUGAGAAGCUCAAUGUCCCAAUCCGGGCGUGUUCAAUUGGAUUCAGGCAAGACUGGGAGGACGUGUAUUUUGAGUGGGAAAGUGUUCGAGGUGUGGAAGAAUCCGGGGCUGUGUUGGUGCGACCGGAUCGAUUCGUUGCAUGGAGAGCAUCGGAAGCUUUGCAGGACUGUGAGGCCUGUGAAGCAAAGCUUCUCAUGGUUAUGAGAUCCAUUCUGGGAUUUUGA